CUCUUCUUAACUCGUGGAGCUCGACUAUUUUACACAUUCAGUAAAAAUGCGAUUUUUGCUCUUGUCAACUAUUUUGUUCUUAUCCCAAGACAUGCGUAACACAUUUGCUAAGUUGCAGCCUGUAGGUGAUAUAUUAAUUAUUUUCAACGAAACUGGUAUUGAAUACCCGAAAGAUAUUCUGUUCUUCUUAUACACACGUGAAAAUGGAGACAAUCAUCAAAAACUGAUGGUUGGCGAUAAAAAAUUGUUGCAGCAAAGCUCGUACAAUAUUUCAAGACCAACAAAGCUCAUCACCCAUGGAUGGACAGAAGAUGAAACUCUAGGAAGCUGCUCGAUGCCUAGACGAGGAUUUUUAAGUCAUGGUGACUACAACGUAAUCACUGUUGACUGGGGCUCCUAUUCAAAAACUUUAUAUAAGCUUGCCGCUGCACGUGUAAAAGCUACGGGCCAAUAUGUAUCGGAAAUGAUCAAGUUCCUUGUGAGUCAGGGAAGUGACAUUAAGCAAAUGUCACUGGUUGGACAUUCUUUGGGUGCGCAUAUCAUGGGUUUGGCUGCUCACGAGUUAUCGCCAAAAGUUGCGCACUUAGUCGGCUUGGAUCCAGCAAGGCCGGGUUUCGAGCUUAACGGUGCCGGUGGACGAAUUCACUACACUGACGCUGACUAUGUCGAGAUCAUCCAUACGAACGCUCUUGGCUUGGGUCUCGAAUUCUCCAUUGGUCAUGUCGAUUACUGGCCAAAUGGUGGCUUUAGGCAACCUGGUUGUGGUCUAGAUAUAAUUGGAAGAUGUGCACACAGUCGUUCUUAUAUGUAUUACGCGGAGUCUCUUAAAAAUCCUGAUUCCUGGUUCGCAAGACGUUGUUAUUCGUACGUGCAGUUUCUUCUUGGUGGAUGUGACGACAACGAGGUAGCACCAUUUCCCAGAUGGGAGCCUGUGACGAGGAAACCUUCAGGAAAUUAUAUGCUUAUCACUAAUGACUCUCCUCCAUUCGGGCGUGGGCUGCGUGGAACAAAGAAUAAUGCAUGAAGCGAAAUCUUAAAACAUCAUAUAGUACAUAGUUGUCAUCAUUUUUAGCAGAUAUAUUGUAGAACAUUAGAAAAUGUGUACUUUAAAGUAAUAUAUUUGUAAAAA